GUAAACUGAGUGAUGUCAGUGUCAAGAUGGCGUGCAUUUUAUUUGUCAAUGCACACAGGAGCGUAAUUUCGAAAAGUAAAAGUUGUUUGUAGUAAAAAUCGCUCAAAGUGAUGUCCAUAACGUCCAAAAGUGCAAAUCCGUCGAAAUGACCGGUGGUAUGAAUGCGGUAAAUCAUUCGCCCCCUCUUUACCAAGACCAGGGAGCCACAAUCUUACCAUGCAGCUCUCAAGACACGACUGCGCCCCCCAGCUACGAGGAGGCCAUAAACCCCAAUGCGCCUCCACCUUCGUACGACUCCCUUUUCGGCCGGGUCCGAGAGGCCCAAAAGACCAGCAAGGGAGUGCUCGAGUUUUUGAAAAAUAUCAUUAUUAUUGUUUUGGGAACAUUGGGGUGCACUGUUAUUCUGGGUGUGACUAUUGUGAUUCCCAUUUGUAUGAUUGUGAUGGGACUGCUUUAUUUGUACGACUGUCCACAAGGGGAGUAUAUCCCGGUUUAUUUGUUGGUUGGGGGCAUUUUUGGGGUGCUUAAACAGCUUCUGCAUUUAUCUGCGAGAGUGCGACAGACGGAAGAGGAGCGCCAGGAGGAGAGUCUGAGACAGUCACCGACGCAAACUCUGUUAAACUGCUUCAUGCUUGGCUGGUUUAUCAUAGGAUCCGUGUGGGUUUACAAAGAAUAUGAACCUAAUUAUAAUCCAACCGAGGGCCAAUAUUGCAAUAAAAAUUUGUAUUUAUUUGCUUUCUGGCUGAUCACUUCCGUUUAUAUUCUUUUGGGUACCAUCACUGUAUGUCUUUGUUCCAUCAGUAUAGCCACUGUGGUUUUCCAUACAGAUCAUAGGGACAACGAUUUGAGGUCGGGCUCGUUUUGACGAGGCGUUGCUGCCAUGUUUUUAAAACGUCUGUGAUAAAAAUGAUUUUUUAUUUGUUUGUUAAGUUUAUCGGUGAGUUGUGUUUCAUGACAUUUACUUAUUAUUAUUAAGGUAUCGUGUAAUCAUUACUAAAAUUCGCUUUAAAAGUGUACAAAUUAUGACGAAAAAUUGUUGUAUUAUUGAAGACUGCUUCCGACGCUUUAGUGUUAAACGUGCAUUCCAAUAAUUAUUAACAUCAUGCCGGGAAGGGUUGUUUCGUAAUUACGUUUUUAUUGGUUGUUGUGAUACGGUUGCAUUUAAUUCAUGUUUCAGCUCGAAAUAAAUUACUCAAUUUUUUUCAACUAUUUAUUUUAUUAAUUGUAUGCAGUGAUGACGUCGCACAUUUUAUAAAUAUACAAUUGUAAAUAUCAAAA